AACCUAAAAAACAGGAAUUAUAUGCAGAUUUAUAGAAUUUUAGGAAAUUUUUCAAAACAUAUCUUCAAAAGAAAAUAUUCUUCAAAUACUAAAUCUUUCUUUUUUCAUCUACAACAAAAUAACCUAAUGAUGGAUGCAAACUUCGAUAAUGUACCAGGACCAGGAUUUGGAUUCAAAAUUUUGCCUUCACCUGUGAAAAGUGCAAGUGACAAGAAGGAGUACACAGUCAUUCAGCUAGAUAAUGGUUUGACUGCUUGUCUUAUUUCUGAUAAGGAACCUAUUGUGAAUGAAGAUGAAUCUUGUGAGGAAUCUAGUGAUGAAUCUGAAGGUUCUGAAACAGAAUCAUCAGACUCAGAUGCUGACUCCUGUCAGAGUUCUGAAUCUAAACAGUGUAAAUCUGGUUCUUCAGCAUCUGAGUUGAAAAUGGCUGCAGCUGGACUCUGCAUAGGGGUGGGAAGUUUUAGUGAUCCAAAAGAUGUUCCUGGUAUGGCUCACUUUCUUGAACAUAUGGUUUUCAUGGGAAGUGAAAAAUUCCCAGCUGAAAAUGAUUUUGAUUCUUUUAUAAAAAAAGGUGGUGGAAGUGACAAUGCUUCUACAGACUCUGAAACAACUUGCUUUUACUUUGAGUGCCUUGAAAAACAUUUACAUGAGGCAUUAGAUAAAUUUGCACAAUUUUUUAUAGCACCUUUGAUGAAAAAAGGUGCCAUGACACGUGAACGUGAAGCUAUUGAAUCAGAGUUUCAGAUGGCCUUGCCUUCUGAUUGGUCCAGAAAAGAACAGCUCUUAUGUAGCUUCUCCAAGAAAGAUUCUCCAGUGAACUCAUUUGCAUGGGGAAAUCUGAUAACAUUGAAAGAGAACAUAGAUGAUGACAAACUUUAUGAAGGUGUUCAUGAGUUCAGAAAAAGACAUUAUUCUGCACACCGCAUGACCCUGGCUAUACAGGCAAGGCUUCCAACAGAAACACUCCAAAAAUAUGUUGUGGAGUGUUUUUCCAAGGUACCAAAUAAUGAACUUCCUGCCAAUGAUUUCACAGUAUUCAGCAAUGGAUUAUUUGAAACACCUGAAUUCAAUAGACUGUAUUAUAUGAAACCUACAAAGGAUUCAUGUCAGGUUGAUCUGACUUGGAGUUUACCACCAUUGCGAGAGAAAUAUAAAAGUAAACCAGUUCAAUAUGUUUCAUUUUUGAUGGGAGAUGAAGGCAAAGGAAGUUUGCUAUCAUACUUGAAAAAGAAAAUGUGGGCCAUUUCAACUUCCAUCGGGAAUGGAGAAGGUGGUUCUGAGGAUAAUUCCAUGUACACUCUGUACACUGUAUCUAUAGUUCUAACUGAGGAAGGUCUGAAGAAUAUUUCUGAAGUAAUAGGCGUUGUCUUUUCUUAUAUUAAUUUGAUGAAACGCUUAGGACCACAGAAAAGGAUAUUUGAUGAGUUAAAAUCAAUAGGGGAUACUGCGUUUCAAUUUGCCACAGAGGAGCCUGCUUCUGACAUGGUAGAAAAUUUGUGCGAGGACAUGCAGUUUUAUCCCCCGGAAGAUUAUAUUGCGGGCUCCGAACUUUAUUACGAGUUCGAUCCUCAGGCAAUAGAAAUGGUUGUUGAUAAUCUCCGACCUAGAAAUAUGAACGUCAUGAUACUAACAAAAAACUCCCCAAAUGGAGAAAAAUUUGACAAAGUUGAAAAAUGGUUCGGCACCGAAUAUACUGAUAAAGAUAUACCGGAGGAAUGGUUGAUUAAAUGGGAAAAUACAGAACCUUACCCGGACCUAGCUUUUCCACCGCCUAACCCAUAUUUAACGAGCGAUUUUUCCCUAUUACCGGAAACUGUUGAUCAUCCAGAUUAUCCCGUGAAAGUAACUGGUACCCCUCUUGUCGAGAUGUGGUACAGGAAAGAUCAAAAAUUCAAAUUGCCAAUAGCUUAUUAUAAUUUCUAUCUCAUCAGUCCCAAAUCUGUGGAGUCUCCUGCUAGCAUUUCAAUGUCAGAUAUGUUCAUGAAUCUUCUUGCUUUUUCCAUUGCUGAAGAGGCUUAUCCAGCCUCCAGUGCUGAUCUCAUGUACAGCUUCAAUUCCUAUGAAAAAGGGAUCAUCAUCAAAGUGAAUGGAUAUAAUGAGAAAUUGCCGAUUUUGGUAGACCUUGUAGCGAAUUAUUUAGUGACGUUUGAUAAUCAUGUAACUGAAGGAAUGUUCAAUGCUGUGAAGGAUAAAUUACUCAAAAGUUAUCAUAACAGGUUGCUCAAACCAUCGGCUUUUGCAAAAGAUAUUCGUUUGAAUUUAUUGUUGAAUAAUUAUUGGAAACCCACGGACAGAUAUUUGGGACUGUCGAAUACCACUUACGGCGAUAUGAAGAACUUCAUCAAGGACUAUACGAAAUCAUUGUAUAUCAAAUCUCUUGUUCAAGGAAAUGUGUCGCAAGAAGUUGCUUGUGAAGUUGUCAAUAAAUUCGUGGAAACUCUGAAGUCGAAUCAUCUGUCAGAAGAACAAUAUCCACUGUUUAGGGUUGCUCAAGUUCCGAUAGGUGAGAAGUGUUGCCGGAUAGAAGGAUUCAAUAAAACAGAUGCAAAUUCAGUGAUUGUUAAUUACUAUCAAUCCUCACCUUUUUCGAUGGAAACCAGUGUCAUUAUAGAUAUAAUCAUGAUGAUGAUAGAAGAACCGUUAUUCGACAUCUUGCGAACGAAAGAACAACUCGGGUACCACGUGUUCUGUUCGACCAGAGACACGUUCGGCAUCUUGGGCUUCACCAUAACCGUCAACACCCAAGCCACCAAGUACUCCACCAGCCAUGUCGAUCAGCGUAUCGAAGAGUUCCUGAGGCACACCAGGAGCCUGCUGAAGAAGACGUCGGAGGCGGAGCUUGAGGAAAUAAAGGAGGACCUGAUCAAGACCAAGCAGUGCACGGACAUACAUCUGAAGGAGGAGGUCGAUCGCAAUUGGUCGGAAAUUGUUAGUGAUGAUUACAUAUUCGAUAGGAUCAAGCGGGAGGUGGAGAUGAUUCGAAAAAUCAAGAUAGGCGAGAUAAGAAGUUGGUGGAGUCGGCAUAAUAGAUUUGGGAAGCAGGAAAAUUUCAGGAAGAUCAGCAUUCAGGGUACUAUCUCGCCAAAACUCCAAAUCAGUACGAAAACAACAAUAGAAGAAACCUUGUACGAUGCAGACCCUAUUAAUCCGAACAACACCCUUGUGAAGCCGAAAAGCACCCUAUAUAAACAACCCUCGCAGAAAGGGUGUUCGAGAAAAGUCUGCCACUCGAUCGCAUUCAGUAGAGCGCAAAAGAACGUGCCGCUCAGAAAAACCAAUUCGAAGCCUCCGUUCAAAUAUUCGAAGGUUUCAGACGAUUUGAUUCUGAGAAGUAAUCCGAACAUCGUUUUGAGAAAUGAUACUGAUCAUGGGGACCGAAUUACUUCUGAACCUUCUUGUUAUUGCAUGACUAAAUACCCAAAAAACGCAUGGUCAGAAACAGGAGACGAUAAUUUAUCAAGAAGUAAUGAAGAUUUGGGAAACAUCAGUACAAAAGGUCUAAUCCAUUCGAAUAAGUGCUCCCUUUGUUCUCUAUACGAAGGAUAUUUCCCCUCCAAAAGUUCCAAAAUGAAAUCAUCCUGCAACUCUCUUCUUGCUCACAGAACGAAACCCAGAUUGUGCGCUUACUGCGAACAAAAUUAUAUAAGGAAACAGCCGAGAUCCAGAAGCGGUUCCCCGUGUCGGUCUGACGUCACUGACAGUUCCAGGAGGAGGGUUUGCUUCUGUCUGUCUGCCGAGAGGGCAACCUCGUUGUCCCGGCAAUUGCAUAAGAAAUUAUCGAACGCCUUGGACACCAAUAGUAGGCUCUUUCAAAACUGCAUCGAUUGCGAGGAUUGAAAGCGUCAUAAUGAAGUGGGGAUAUAAUCUAAGGAUUCUAAGGACACAUAUAGUAUUCGAGAAAAUGCAUCUACCAUGGAGAAAAACACCCAAAUCAAAUUGUUGAGUCUGUAAAAGUGCAAUAAAACAUAAACAAUGUAUCUUC